UCCUAUGCGAUGUCUCUGCAUGGUCCCGUCUAUUUUCGAUCCCCGUGUCAUGUUCACGCUCUGCCGAUGCGCUCGCAGAGAGCGGUAUAAAGAGGGCGUGCACGGCAGUGUUGCCCUCCGUGUCGGCCAGAUUUUAACCUCACAGGUAUAGCUAUGCAGUCCGCCCUGGCUCUCUUCGCGCUCGCUGCGGUCGCCCCGCUGUCGGCCUCGGCACUGCCCGCGACGGCGACGGCAGCUGCCAGUUCCGCCUUGCCCACCGCGACGUCCGUUGUGUCCGGCCUGAAUGCGCUUGCGCGUGCCGCUGGGAAGCUCUACUUCGGGACGGCGACGGACAACACGACGCCCGAGUUCACGGACCCGACCUACUUGUCCAUUCUGGAGAACUACAACCAGUUUGGCCAGCUGACCCCGGCAAACGCUAUGAAGUGGAUGUACAUUGAGCCUGAGGCUGGCGUGUUCAACUUCACGCUUGGAAAUCAGAUUGCUGACCUCACUGAGGAGUACGGCAUGGUCCUCCGAGGCCACAACGGCGUCUGGUACGAAGAGCUCCCAGGCUGGGUCACAUCGACCGACUGGAACGCAACGGGACUCGCGUAUGCUGUACAACGGCACGUCAGCGGUAUUGUAGGGCACUACGCUGGCCGAGUAUAUGCUUGGGAUGUCGUCAACGAGCCGCUGAACGACAAUGGCACAAUGCGUGAGGAUCUCUUCUACAAUGCCCUCAACACGACCUACAUCAACAUCGCUCUGGAGGCUGCGCGCGCAGCGGACCCGAACGCCAAGCUCUACAUCAACGACUACAACAUUGAAUACGUCGGGACCAAGUCGACAGCUAUGCAGAACCUGAUCAAGCAGUUGCAGUCCGAGGGUGUUCCCAUCGAUGGUGUCGGCAUGGAGUCCCAUUUCAUUGUCGGUGAGGUGCCCACGACGCUCGUGGAGAACUUCCAGGCCUACGAAGCGCUUGGACUCGAGUUUGCAAUCACUGAGCUUGACAUCCGCAUGGAGCUCCCGGCGACCGACGAGCUCUACGAGCAGCAAAAGCAGGAUUACUACACCGUCGUGGACGCCUGCUUGCAGGUCUCGGUGUGCCGCGGCGUGACUGUCUGGGACUGGACUGACAAGUACUCGUGGGUUCCGAGCACAUUCGCUGGCUACGGCGAUGCAUGCCCCUGGGACGCGAACUACACGCGCAAGCCGGCAUACGAUGGUAUUGCUAUUGCAUUCGAGGGGCAGAGCAUCUAAGUGCGCGGGAACUGUACUUGGCGUCGCUAGGUUUCAGGGAUGAAGUAAUUGUCACAAGAAAGUCGAGCAGGGACACACAAUUCUGACUGCACCCUCAGCAUGUGCCACAUGAGAGGCAGAACACG